AUAUAGCUCGUACAUAUAUAUAUAGUAUAAUUGUUAGCAUAGCUGAGAUAAACAAUAAAUUGGCAGCUCGCCAGGGCGUAGGGCGACCAGGAAAAACGCUAGCCGCGUACUCUCUGGCUGGCUCAUCGCACAACGGACAGCAAACAGGUGGAAUCAUCAACAAAAGCAUCUCAUGUGCAGCAGCUGCCAGCGCUGCUUCAGCCAAGAGCAAUGUCAAAGCAGCGGCAGCCGCAGCAAGAGCUGUAUACAGAGUCCACGUCUGACUACGAGGAGCAGGAGCAGAAUGAGCAGCCAGAGCAGGAUCGUUACGAUCCCCUGUCCAAUCUGCUGCGACUGCAACUGCGCAAGCCCAAUCACUGGAACUGGGAGCUGAGCACAUCGCGUAGCUGCAGCAACAUAGCACUGCCCAGAAUAUUGCUGUACGAUCACACGGGCGCGCUUCUACUGGAUGCGGAUGGGUACAGCGAGCAGGCCUAUCGGCCCAGCAGCGCUCAGGACUGCAGGCGCAAGCAUGCGGCGAGCAGUCUCGGCAGGAGCCUGCAGCAGGCGCGACUUGCUGGCAAGUUGAAUGGCCUCAGCAUUAACGAGGCAUCGGCCAGCGACACACACACACCCGUCCACUCCCCAACAAGACAGCAGCUGGCAGGCAGCUGCAUUGACUUCAGCACCCACGAGCUGCCCGACUGGCAGCCGCACGAGGUGGACAGCUCGCGACGCUCCAGUUCGCUGCGCGGCGUGCGGCUCGUGGUGGAGGAUCAGCCUCAGGCGUCGGCGCCAGCGCCGACACAGCGGGCACAGGAAUCGGCUUAUCCGACGCCGCCGUCCACGUCGACGCUGACCACGACAGCGAACUCCUCAUCGUCCGGACCACGGGAGAAGCGUCGCUAUCGACGCUCGCACAGCUCUGGCCAGCACUCGAUUCUGGAGCGGUUUAGCAUGACGCGCGGCCGCCACUCGUCGCCCGAGUAUGCCCAGGAGCAGACAUUGGAGCACAGGCCACGCUAUUAUCUACGCAGCAGCAAGGCGGGCACGCUCGUCAUCCAGGACGACAGCUUUAGUCGGGUGCGGCAGCGCCGCCGUCGGCAGCGGAACUCCUCCACCGAGAACGUGCUGGCACAACAGGGCAAAGGCCCCGCGGAUAGCGACGUGCAGGUCACGGCGCACAGGCGUCAUCAGUCGCAGCUGCGCUGCCGGGAGGCGCCGCUAUUAACAUCCGACGAGGACGCGGAUGCACAAGGCCAGGGCCACAAACAAUUAGCGAGGCACUCGCGUUGCAGGCGUGGUAAACGCGCUUGCGGCAAGCAUUUGGCCGCGCCAGAGCUUAUCACAGUCGAUCCAGGCAACUGCAUAUUUCGAGCGGAGCCUUGCGCGACGCAGCGCUGACCUCAUCGACCGACUACACAAAAAUAUGCCCACAUGUACAUAGAGAUGUCUUCUACUGAUAUAUAUAUACACAUGCCUACAUAGCUCACCUCCUGCUUUGUUUUGGUUUUGCUCUCUAAAGCCAACUCUAUGUAAAUUAAUACAAAUAAAGAAAAAUAUAAGCCAUGCAAAGCGGCGUAUGA